AAGAGACCCACCACUUUCUACUAAACUGUAUAUUCCUUUUUAUUUCUUUCGCUUUGUAUAAAAUAAAGUGAAAAGAACAUAAUUCGUUGUGUGUUGCGGUCUUGCAGACAUGUGAGUUUCUAUUUCUGACUUGGAUGAACCAUUCAUCCCAACAUUGUUUCGGAUCUUCUCAAGCUUGAUUCGGUUCAGGGAGAUUAUUAUGCAACUGGCCAGGGCUGCAUAAACCAUCUGUCAUGAUGAAGGCGUAAGUAAGCUGAUAAAAGACGUCGGUUUAUUGUUUUCUCUUUCUUCUUAUAGUUGAUCACAUUCUCUUUCCCCAUGCGAAAACGAUUGCAUUCUUUAUCAUCGAGCGAAUCAAGUACAUCUUCUAUCUGGAAUCGUGUGAGACAACUAUUUCACUUUUACUCUACUGAACCAUCACUUUCUUCUUCUACGACUACGCAUUCCGAAACCGAUAGUGGAUAUUGGGUGAAUGACUAUUUACCGGACAGAAAGGCAAAGCGUCUAUGUUGCCGCCGUUACCGUCGUCAUUCUGGCAGCAGAGAGCAAGAUGAACAACAGACACCAGCUGUAUCAUUUCAUCUUCCGCCGUUCAGUCCUACUUACGCAAGAACAGAUGCAUUCCCCUACUCUAAUUUCUAUUACAGAUUGCCUAACGGUAAAUGGAUGAUACGUUAUAGAUCGGGCACGAGAGAUAUACUAGGAACAGACGAAAUUGAAGGUUAUAUGAUAUGAUUCACACAUUUGUAUAUAUUUAUAUAUAUAUAUUUAUUAUUAUUCAUGUUGUAAAUAAUGCAUUUAAAUACGGGUAAAAUCUCGGACAAUUCAUAUUGUAAUAAAUCAA